AUGGCUGAUCAGUCCCAGAACCAGCCCACCACCGAAGCAAGCGCCUCAAGAGUCGUCGUCCCCCUGGAACUAUUCCUCGAGAUCGCAGACCGCUACGUCGAAUCCGCCUACGCCGAAGCAGAAACCGAAGCGCCCUCGACAUGGCACGUCGAAGGAUGCCCAGACGCCCUGGAUUCAAUCUACAUCACCGACAACCACGCCUUCGACUACGCCUCCCAGACGAAGCGCUGGCGCCUCGUCAGCGACCUCGCCAACCUCCGCAGCAAACACGUCUCGGACAUCGUCGACAAGACCUUUUGUAAGUUUCCGCGCCACCACCAUGUCCCGCGUCACCACCGCACCCCCGCGAACGCCGUAGACUGGUCCGCGAACGCCGCAAACUGGGCGCGCCCGAGAAAGCCCGGCAACAUCGUGUUCAGCAUUGACAUUGAUACCGAUCUCCUACCCAGACACGCCUACGUCCUCCCCGAAAUCGACAUCUUCGUCCUUGACUUCAAGGCCGCGGAUAGACAUAAUAACGCAGAUGGCGAGAACCCUGAACCCCUCGAGACCGCAAUCCUAACCCUCUCGUCGGAGUCUGCCGACGGACCAAUGCGCAUGAUCCGUAACGUCAGCAGCAGCUUGUCAAACCUAAUGACAGCAUCCAGCAAGCAAAUCCGCGCCCUCGCGGCCCUGCCCGAGCUGAGACGCGUGCAGACGUGGUGCGCGAUCCAGAGCCCCGUGCAGCCUGACAAGCCGCUGCACGAUCACCGGGCGAUUCUGCCUGUUGACCCUGCUAUCUUGCCUGACCUCGCUGCGGAGUUGGCGCUGAGCGAUACGCGGCUUUUGUUGUUGUGGGAGCCGUUGUUUGAUGCUGGGGUAGAGAUUACGAUCCAGCCGAGGUAUGCUAAGCGUGGGGAGAUUGAGCUCGUUCGUACGGAUGGGGGGCUGCGGACGAGGUUUGUUGAGGAGGAGUCGUCGACUAAAUCCAACGCCACAUUACUAAUCUCCUUCGUCAUCAUCUAUAACGCCUCUGAAAGAUAA